ACGCCAUCUCACCCGAGAACGCACUAGAUCCAUCUUGACAACCCUUCCCUUGAGAGUUUUCCCUUUCAAUUUUAUUCCUUUUUCUUACUCAUUUUCCUGAAAAAUCUGGCAGCAGCUGGGAAAAUUGGCCUCCGACGGCAGGUGUGAGAAAUUAAAUUGAGGGGAACCGUGUUGGUGUUUUGGUGGUCAUACUUCCGAUCAAACCUAAUAAUAUCACGGGCAUAAAGAUUUUUGUUUGAAAGAAAUUUGCAAUCUCUCUCAUUUGCGAACGAUAAAUGGCUCUUAAUCCUCAACUUUUCCCAAAUGGGAUGCCAGUGCCUUUCCUCAACGAGAUGUUUGUCUUAGCCAGAGAUGGCGUUGAAUUUGAGAUCGACAAGAUCCCUGGCACUCAAGAUGGGAAAUUUAAAGCAAAAGGAACUAUUUACUUGUCAAACAUACGAAUGGUCUUUGUCGCGAAUAAACCUGUUGGGAAUCUUGCUGCCUUUGAUAUGCCCCUGGUACGUAUAGGUUGACCUAGACUGGAUGUGUGGACUUCAAAAUGGAUGAUGUUUUAAACUUUCUAGUGAUUUAGCCAGCGACAUUUUAUGGUCCAUGCCUUGUUGAUUGCUAUUGUUUCUCCUCAAAGCACAUGCAUGCUUCUACUAAAGAUAUGUUCUCUUUUCACUUCUAUGUUCAACUGAUCCGUCUCUUCUGAAUAGGGUCACACCUAACCGAAAUAGUUGCAGGCACUAUCUGUUAGAGGUCUGAGGAAAUUUUGAGUGCAUUAUUUAAUGAUCUUGUUAUUCUUCUUUAUAUUAUUUGGUUUGCUUGAUUGCUUGGUGCGUGAAUGAGAAUUGCUUUCAAGUACUAGAUUGGCUUGUGCAGCAAGAUAUGUUUUAUUGGAAACUUGAUUCUUGGCUCAUACUCACUGCUAUGGUGACAAUUAGUACUGUCAAAAUGGACAAGAGCUCACAGGUUGGCCCAUUGGCCUGCAUAUAUGGUCGGGCUUGGGCUGCAGUUUAUCUGGCCCGUUUAAUGCGUGCCUAUUUGGCCCUCGGGCUAGCCCGUUAUUUAUCAAUUUUCAGCCUUGAAUUCUUAAUGGGCCAAUCAAACCCAGAGGGGACCAUCAAUGUAGGACAAAUGCAUUAUUUCACAGCAUCAUUUUUCCCAUCUGUGAGGCAAGAAUCAAUACAAUGUUUAUUUAUUUUGCUGUUGAGUGUUGGUAUGAUUGGUGUGGUUGCGAAUAAACAUCUGAGCUUUUUAUUUGUCGAACGCCGAGAGAUAAAAAGGGAAGAGAAACAAGCAUGGUCCUCAGGGCGGCCUUGUUUGGCCCACGGACUGAGACUUACUUAGCCAUUGAAAAAUGGGCCAGGCUCUGCUCCAGCCCAUUUUUUGCUAGUCUACAGAGGGCUGGACUGGACCGAGCCAGGCCAAUUUGAGUGUCCUAGUGACAAUGUACAUGACAUGCUGGAAUCAAGAACAGCAAAAAUUCAUAGCUACAGUCUUGGCUUACAGCCGCUAGCUAGCCUUUACGAUCCUCCCAAAUAUGAUUCAUUGACUUGUUAACAAUAAAAACAGUGUCAUUUACUAACUGCAACAUGGAUAACAAAAUGCAGCUCUAUGUUCACGAUGAAAAAUUCAACCAGCCAAUCUUCUUCUGCAACAAUAUUUCUGGCUAUGUGGACCCUGUUGUGCCCGAUAAUGAGCAUAGGGCUCUUUAUUCGACUCAUUCUUUCAAGAUUCUGUUCAAGGAAGGUGGCUGUGGAACUUUUAUCCCUCUCUUUUUCAACUUAAUUGGUUCUGUCAGACAAUACAAUCAGCACCAAGCUGCACAGCCUCGAGUGGACCCUCUCCAAGCAGCCCAAACUCCUGUGGAUGAGAUGAUGAGACAUGCGUAUGUCGAUCCUAGCGACCCCACGAGAAUAUUUUUGCAGCAGCCUAAUGCAGAAUCUCAGCUGAGACGCCGUACAUACCAGUCGCGUGAUACUGAAUGAAAAAUCAACAUGAUAUGAUGCAAACUGUCUACUUCUGCUUUGUUGGUCAUUAUAAAACUUGACAUGGUCUUGUACUCUUGUUGAUAUCAAUAAGUUGAACAUAAUAGUGUCCUCACCAUCAAAAGUUCCCGACUGAUGUUUUACAUUUGUUAUUAUAAUUAUUAUUAUUAUUAUUAUUAUUUGUGAUG